UCCCCGGACUCGUCAUGUCGGGUCCUUGGUCCUCAGCAGUCCCAGGCCCACCCUCCCUGCUGCUUCCUGCUGGCCGCUCACCGCGGGUUCCCGCCGGGCACUUCGGGCCCUGGGCUGACGACCUGGCGCGGGCGAUGUACCAGUGCGGGCGCUGGACGUGCCUUCCGGGGAAGUGAGACGCUAGCGUUUCCCGUGGCGGGACCGGAACGGAGACCCAAGACUUUGGCUUCUGUGCGUGUUCCUCAAGUCAACCUCUUUUCCGCCUUAGGAAAACUAGCAUUUUCCUUUUUUGAGAUCCGCCUUCUGGAGACUGCACCCAUGCUCAGGGGAAGAACCCAGGAGGAGGACAUGGCUACUGAACAAAGGGAAGCAAGGUCUCAGGUGUCACUGAUGUUUGAGGAUGUGGCUGUGCUCUUCAGUCGGGAUGAAUGGAGAAAGCUAGAGCCUUCUCAGAGAAACUUGUACCGGGAUGUGAUGCUGGAGAACUAUAGUAACCUGAUCUCUCUGGGACUCCUCUUUACCAAACCAAAAGUGAUCUCCCUGUUGCAGCAAGGAGAAGAUCCCUGGAAGGUAGAGAAAGAAAGUCCUCCUGGCUCCUCUCUAGGAUUUAAGAGUAGUCCCAAACCCACAAAAUCAACUCAAACUCAAGAGCCAUUUCAAGGGAUGAGGAAAAAUCUCAAAAGGGAUGAACCCAGGGACUUCAUGUUAGAAAAACCCUGCAUAUAUGAAGACAAAUUAAAUAAACAAGACAAAAAUGAAAGUUUACAAAUAAUUUCAAUCACCCAUACAAAAAUCUUCACUGUAGAUGGAAACCAUAAAAAUAAUGAAUUUGGCCAAAACUGCAACCUGAAAUCAGUCUUCAUUAAGCAACAGAGAUUUUCUAGGGAAAAAACAUUGUCAAAAUAUGAAAUACAAAGAAAAAGCUUCAAGCAGAAUUCAAAUAUACAUAACCAACCAAAGAUCAAGACAGCAGAGAAACGCUAUAAAUGUAAUACAUGUGAAAAAGCCUUCAUUCACAAUUCAUCCCUUCGUAAACAUCUGAAAAACCACACUGGAGAGAAAUUAUUUAAAUGUAAAGAAUGUUUAAAAGCCUUCACCCAAAGUUCUGCUCUUAUUCAACAUCAAAGAACUCAUACGGGAGAGAAACCCUACCUAUGUAAGGAAUGUGGGAAAGCCUUCAGCCAUAGUGCAUCCCUUGGUAAGCACCUAAAAACCCAUACUGUGGAGAGAUCCUAUAGUUGUAAAGAAUGUGGUAAAUCUUUCAACCGAAGGUCAGGCCUGUUUUUGCAUCAGAAAAUCCAUGCCCAAGACUAUCCACAUAAAUAUAAUCCGGGUAGGAAGGCAUCCAGUUGUAAUACCUCUCUUUCUGGAUGUCAAAGAAUUCGUUCCAGAAAGAAGUCCUACUUAUGUAACGAAUGUGGCAAUACCUUUAAGUCUAGCUCAUCCCUUCGUUAUCAUCAGCGAAUUCACACUGGAGAGAAACCUUUCAAAUGCAGUGAGUGUGGAAGAGCCUUCAGUCAGAGUGCAUCUCUGAUUCAACAUGAAAGAAUUCACACUGGAGAAAAACCCUAUAGAUGUAAUGAAUGUGGAAAAGGCUUCACUUCUAUUUCACGACUUAAUAGACACCGAAUAAUUCAUACUGGGGAGAAAUUGUAUAAUUGUAAUGAAUGUGGGAAAGCCUUAAGUUCUCACUCAACACUUAUUAUUCAUGAGAGAAUUCAUACUGGAGAGAAACCAUGUAAGUGUAAAGUGUGUGGGAAAGCCUUCAGACAGAGUUCAGCUCUCAUUCAACAUCAGAGAAUGCAUACUGGAGAAAGACCCUAUAAAUGUAAUGAGUGUGGGAAAACAUUCAGGUGUAACUCAUCCCUUAGUAAUCAUCAGAGAAUUCAUACUGGAGAGAAACCAUAUCGAUGUCUGGAAUGUGGAAUAUCUUUUGGACAAAGUGCAGCUCUUAUACAGCAUCAGAGGAUUCAUACAGGUGAAAAACCUUUUAAAUGUAACACAUGUGGGAAAACUUUUAGACAGAGCUCAUCACUUAUUGCACAUCAAAGAAUUCAUACUGGAGAGAAACCCUAUGAAUGUAAUGCAUGUGGGAAACUCUUUAGCCAGAGGUCAUCCCUUACUAAUCAUUAUAAAAUUCAUAUUGAAGAGGACUCCUUGAAAGCAGAUUUGCAUGUGUGAAAGCCUUAAACCAAAGCUUAUCAGAGGAUACAUAGUUGAGAUUGAAACACAUAUAAUGAAUAUGAGGAAACUAUUUUAGUUUAAAGUCCUUAUCAGAUACUAAGUUUUAAGGUUAAACCUUGACUAUGUAAUAAAUAUGGG